UCUGCCUGCGGCUCUCAUAUGCCUCCCCGCCUCCAGCUCCCAGCGAUAUCAUCCUUCCGCCGCUCAAUCUCGCAGUUUUCGAGAGCCAAGUAUCUCAGCACAAUGGCCACCCCUCCUCCUGACCGCCGCCCCAUCGUCGUCUCCGGCCCCUCAGGUGUCGGCAAGGGAACCCUCUACGGCCUGCUCUUCGACCGCCACCCAGACACCUUCUGCCUCUCCGUCUCGCACACCACCCGGGACCCUCGCCCCGGUGAGGAGCAUGGCGUCCACUACCACUACGUCACCAUGGAGGACUUCGAGGACCUCAUUGCCAAGGACGGCUUCGUCGAGCACGCAAAGUACGGCCGCAACCGCUACGGCACCAGCAAGAUGACCAUUGAGGAGCAGACCAAGAAGGGCAAGGUCGUCCUGCUGGACAUUGAGAUGGAGGGCGUCAAGCAAAUCAAAAACUCCGGUAUCGAUGCCCGCUACAUCUUCGUCUCUCCUCCGUCCAUCAAGACUCUGGAGGAGCGCCUGCGGGGACGAGGCACUGAGACAGAGCAGAGCAUCCAGGAGAGAUUGGCUCAGGCUCAAAAGGAGCUCGACUUUUCAGAGACUCCCGGCGUUCACGACAUCAUCAUUGUCAACGACGACCUCGAGGCGUCUUACAAGAAGUUUGAGGAGUUUGUCUACAGCCCUCAGGCGUAAAAGAGACAUGUAUCCCUUCCUAUUAGAAAAUACCUAUUAGAAAAUACCCAUCAAAGACUCGACGCAACAAUUCCCUUGCUCUAGACAGCUAAAAGCGGCAACGGUCACCAAUUGAUUCACACGAAAUAGAAAGCUAGCUUGAAACCAUAAAAGCAAAGAGAAAAUGCAAAAUUAAUCAACAU